CUGUUUUCCUGGCGUAGGAACAGGUGCCGGAAUGAAACACAGUUGAAGCAACUCUUUCUAACGAAACAACUCAACUCAUUCAGAGCCUACAAUUUUCGUUUGGAGUUUGGAUUCUAUUUGAAAAGCAGGUAUCACGUAGGAAGAAAGCUGUGAAACAUCAGCCCCGGACCAGGAGCAGGGUGAGUGCAGGUCGGAGAGACAACGAGGAGAGUUCACGCCGCUUAUCAGCGAGCGGAAAAAAGCAGCAGGCAGGCAGGCGGAGCGCUAAGUAGCACCUAGACGGGCGUGGGUCUGGUCGAGCGGCAGCAUGCCGUCGACGACCAGUCGCAUCAUCAUGGCCGUGGGGGGCGCAUCGGCCUCCGAGUGUCAGCCACUGAAGGCCGGAGGCGGCGGCGGCGGCAGCGGUGACAAGCAGGAGGUGAAGCUUCGAAAGGAGCUAGGCCUGUUCGACGGCGUCGCCAUCAUCGUCGGCGUCAUCAUCGGCGCCGGCAUCUUCGUCUCGCCCAAGGGAGUGCUGCUGCACGCCGGCUCCGUAGGACUCGCCCUUAUUGUCUGGAUCCUCUCGGGCAUCUUAUCGCUCGUCGGCGCCCUUUGCUAUGCCGAACUAGGAACGAUGAUCCCGAAGUCGGGAGGCGAUUACGCUUACAUUGGGGAGGCGUUUGGUCCUCUGCCGGCCUUCCUCUACCUGUGGGUGGCCCUUUUUGUGAUCAUUCCGACAGGAAACGCAAUCACGGCGCUGACGUUUGCCCAAUAUGUGCUGCAGAUGAUUCAGCCCAACUGCGAACCCGACGUGGAUGCGAUCCGACUGAUCGCAGCACUGGUCACAUGCUUGCUCACGGCAAUCAACUGCCGGAACGUGAAAUUGGUCACAAAGGUUCAGGACAUUUUUGUCGGAACCAAAAUCCUGGCGCUGGGAAUAAUAAUUGUCGCCGGCUUGGUCUACAUCUUUCAGGGCAACUUGGGAAAUCUGAGCCAACCGAUGCAAGGGUCGUCCACUGAGCCUGGAUUGAUCGCACUCUCUUUCUACUCAGGUCUUUUCUCCUACGCAGGAUGGAAUUAUUUGAAUUUUGUGACAGAGGAAUUGCGAGAUCCAUACAAAGAUUUACCAAAGGCCAUAGCAAUAUCCCUUCCUCUCGUCACUGUUGUUUAUGUGCUCACUAACGUGGCUUAUUUUGCCGUGCUCACACAAAACGAAAUUCUCGCAUCGGAAGCUGUGGCUGUGACUUUUGGCAGUAGAAUGCUGGGAGCCAUGAACUGGGUUAUGCCCUUCUUUGUUGCCUGCUCAACCUUUGGAGCCCUGAACGGCGCGAUUUUCGCGUCUGCCCGACUCUUCUUUGUCGGCGCGCGCCAGGGUCACCUGCCCGCCGCGAUCGCCCUGAUCAACGUCGAUUGUCUCACCCCAGUUCCUUCACUUAUCUUCCUGUGCCUUAUCACGCUAGUCUUGCUGCUGAUCGAUGACGUCUACGUGCUCAUUAAUUAUCUCACCUUUGUGGAAUCUCUAUUCAUUACAAUGUCGAUUGCGAGCCUCUUGUGGCUCAGGUACAAGCAGCCAAACGCAGAGAGACCCAUCAAGGUGCACAUUUCUCUACCCAUCAUGUUUUUGUUCGUGUGCCUGUUUUUGGUGACAAUGCCAGUUUACGAGAGACCAUGGGAGGUCGGUGUAGGACUUCUGAUAAUUGCUACUGGCAUUCCUGUUUAUUUUAUCUGCAUCCGCUGGAAUAAUAAGCCCAAGUGGAUGGUCCGAGCGUCAGAUGGACUCAACCUGCUGUGCGCAAAGUCGUUUAAGUGCGUAUUGGAAGAAAAAGAAGAUUAACUUUGACGCCAUUCCUGUUUCCAUUAUUGCGAGUGCAUUCUACCAAAAGUCUAUUCGAUCAAGCAGCACUUUGUCAAAAUAUUCACGAGAUUAUAUUUAUUCCAUUUUGGAAGUUGAGUAUAGAGCGAAAGAAAGAAUACAGGGAAUACAACGAUCUCGAGAAUGGAAUUGAGUAAAAGACGUUGUUUUGUGUGCGCGCAUCGAGAGUGAAUUUACUGUGAGGAACCUUACCAACGCAUUUAUAUAUGAAACAUUUGCUCCAUAUUUUAUCAAGUAUACAGCUAAUUAUUAGGCCCACAAACCAACAGCUCGAAGAAUUCCAAGCUCGUCAUUCCAUGAGUGAUGGUAAUUGUUAAUCUCAUUUAACAAAAAUAAAAAAAAUUACUUUUUGCUAAAAAUG